CAAAACCCCACAACCCACUAAUUAGUGACUAUGAUUGACCUUUUUAUUAUUUUAGUGUUUGUAAAACCAUAUCUUAUAUAUCUACCAAAAUUUAAAAUGAUAAAUAGUUGUGGAUGUGACUUUGAAUUGAACUAUCAACCGCUAUAAUUGGACGUCACAGGGGUCUCGCUUUGUCCGAAUCCUCCUAUUUCCUUUAUCAAUUUGGAUUAGGAUCAGACCAGUGGUUGUAACCUCUUUUUCUUUUACCAGUUUGGAUCAGGGUUAGACCAUGGAGAAGUAGUACUAUAAAUAAUUCUCAUAUACUCCUCUCUAAUAUGUGUCUACUCAAAGUAUAGUGGAAAUUGACUCUCUCCUGCUCGUGGACUAGCUUAACACACAUUGUGUUAAGUGAACCACGUAAAAUCGUGUAUCGUACGUGCGUUCUUGUGUUUCGUUUUUUCUUACUUUUGUCAAAUCCUCCUGUUUUUUCGAUCCGCGUAGAAAAAUCAUCGUGACAACAAAUUGUAGCGAUAUAAAAAAUAUUUGAUACACAAUUAAAUCAAGGUUUCGAUAAAGAUAAUAAUCUUAUCGUUGACGUUGUUUUCGUUACAACCCCGAUAUAAUUUCACGAUAUUUCAUUCCUUUUAGAAGGAAGAAAAAGGAGGGAUAAUAAUUAAAUAAUAUAAUACAUUAGCAUAACAGCCUAGAAACGGGGCCCAUGGGCAUGGCCCAAAUCCAGCCCGACUACGAGAGGGGUGGGCCCAAACCCAGCCCAACAACGAGUUCAAUCAGAGCCGAAUAAUUCAAACUACUUACACCCACAAAAUUGAAUGAAUCCUCAACAUCACAGCCACAUGGUCUGCCACCACCACCCCACGCCCGCUCCAUCAUUAUCAAACAUGUCACACUAAUAUGUUUGUUUCAUUAGUUUCAUAUGAAGCCUUUCACUUAAAAUGCAACAUAUUAUGGCAAAUGGCUUAGAUCGAUAUAAGUUUUUUCCUUCUUAACAACUCCGAUUUAAUCAUUUUUUAACAACAAAAAAAAAAUUAUAUACCGUCUGUCCGACUCCGAUCUAAGAUAAGUUUUACCGGUUCCGACUGCUGCCGUAUUUGAUUAUCGUGACAAGUGACGCAAGACACUGAUCAACCUGACGAGAGUGUCCUUUUGUGAAUAAAUAUCCUCCACCAUAUCCUCGUAAACGAAACUUGAGCAAGUAAAAUACCUUUUACCGUAGCGAUGAAUAUGAUACUAACUCUGAAUUUCUUCAAUAUCUGAUACGAAUCUGUACGUCAAAUCUUCAGCAAUGGGUACGUAACUGAUCAAUGGUAUAAAAUUAAACGAGGUUUAGAUUUUAUCUUGUGAGACAUAAAUCGCAAUCACCCCGAUUCUCCUGAUAUAAAUUCCUCCUUUGAUGGGUUUUCUAAUCCUAAAAUUUGCAUGCCCGACAACAUAAAGUUAGUUAUCAUCAUUAUAAAGCCACAUUAUAAAUACCCCAUUUUCCUUUCCUUUUCCCCUCCCGACCAUACAAUUACAAACACUCGAGAGAGAGAGAGAGAGAUGGAGAAGAGCAGGUCGUUCCCGCAGUACUCGUCGUCUUUCUCCGGCGAGUUCGGGCCGUUCGACGACCGGCGGCGGCGAGCUGGGGACCACAACAAGGCCUACAGCUUCAACGGGCCGGACCAGAAGUCGGCCGACGACCCAGAAGCGAAGAGGAAGAAGCGGAUCGCGGCCUACAACGUGUUCACCGUGGAAGGCAAGCUCAAGUCCAGCGUCCGGAACAGCUUCAAGUGGAUCAAGACCAAGUUCUCCACCGACUCCCGCUAUGGUAUCUCUUGGCACUACGGUUUUAUUGUUGGGGAUUUUAAGCUGGGCGAGUAGAAGAUUUCAACUCCGAUAUCAAUUCAUGGCGAAUAGAAUGGAGUUCAUCAAUAACUGAAGUUGUAGAAGGAAUAUUAGAAAUUGAAUUUUUGGUUGAAUAUAUGCCUCUUGAGAUAGAAAUUUGGUUGUACAACGAAGAGUGGUGGCUAUUGGAUCUUUAUGUUUAUGGCUUUUGCAACUGUCAUAACCUAUUUCUAUCUUAAAACGAGGAAUCAUUGAUUGAUUGUUUGAAAUAGGUCGCUUCUUUAUUCAACCUACUGGAACUAAUAGAUAAGGAGUGUCUAAUUUUGCGCCUUAUUACUUUGAUCGAGUCUAUUCGUAUAUUGGAGAUAACCCUGAUUUUUUCGUUUGCUCUCAAGUUGUGAUGGUCCCCUCUUAGCUGAGUUUUUAUUAUAUAGAUGACUUGAAUCAACAACUCUCCAUUUCUUUUUGAUUAGUGACAUAUUGUUUCUAAAAGGAGAGCAUUGAACCCUUUAUAUAGGAUUGUGAGGUUUAAGAUUUAGUUUCAAACUAUCUAUGGGUUGUGUGAGAAUUUCAGUGAGCUUUUAUACUCUAUAUUUCUUGACUGUAAAAGAAAACUAACCAAUAGCAUUUUAACAGGGACUUAAUUAGCAUUAUGAAAAUGGGGUCAAUGAUACAUUUUUAUAUUUUAUAUUCUUAAAUGAUUAUGAUAUUUCUCCGAAUCUUCGACCUAUAUAUUAUUUCUUUAUGUAUCAUCUCGAUCGAAUGAUUAUCAAUAAGAUUAAACGGAUUAAUAGACUUAAAAGUAACAU